AUGCCACGAUCAUCUAAAUCAAAAAUCAAAAAAACGUCGCCACCACCACCAGGUUACGACAAAAUCGCCCCCACGAUAUUCAAAUACAAGCAAAAACUAAAAUCAGCAACGACCAACACCAGUACCACCCCCAACACAACAUCAACCGCCCCAGGAACCAAACCCACUUCGCUAUGGCCCAUAUACAAAAUAACCCACGACGUAACCAGAUACGUCCACGACCUCUACGCCAGGUCCAAAAUUAGUGACGAGUUGUAUACAUGGUUAACACUACAGGAUUACGUUGAUGCUUCAUUGAUUUCGAAAUGGAAUAAACGAGGGUAUGAAAAACUAUGUUGUACUCAAUGCAUAAACGCUGGUGGUGCGGGAAGAGGAGGAGGUACGUGUAUUUGUCGAGUUCCCAAAGUGGAAUUGUUGAAACGGGGCCAGGACGAUAAAGUCGAUGUUGAGUGCGUCACUUGUGGAUGUCGCGGGUGUGCUUCGAGUGAUUGA